AUGCAAAACUUUUUGUUAGCAAGUUGCAUUUUUGCCAUCGCUUUAGCUGCACCACAAUAUAAUUAUAAUGUACCACAAUAUGGCGGUAUUUCAUCAGGCAGCUCAUUUAGUAGUGCAUCUAGCGGUUCAUUCGGUGGUUCAUCUGGUGGUUCAUUUGGUGGUUCUUUUGGUGGUGGAGAAAUAGGUAAUGUACAUGCUUUUAACUCAUUUAAUCCUGCACCAGCACUACCUUCAGCAAGUAGUGUUGCAGCAACAUAUAAAACACGUCCACAACAUCAAAGACGUAUUUUACCGCCAAUAGUAUCGAAAAGUGUUUAUUAUCAUGCUGCUCCAGAAGAACCAGAUGAAGAAAUUUACGAAGAUAAUUCUACACAACAAGAACGUAAACACUAUAAUGUUGUCUUUAUUAAAGCACCACAUCAAUCCGUCAAAACAAUUGCAACUCAAACCGCUCAAGCUCUUAAUGAAGAAAAGACAGCUAUUUAUGUAUUAAGCAAGAAAAAUGAUAUUUCUGAAGUUCGUCAAGCUAUUGCUGAUGUACCACAUCAUCCAAAUAAACCAGAAGUAUUCUUCGUUAAAUACAAGACUCCAGAAGAAGCAGAACAUGCUCAACAAACAAUUCAAUCUCAGUAUGAUAUUCUUGGUGGUUCUACUCAUGUUUCGAAUGAAGGUUAUGCUCCAGUGUCAUCAGUUAUUGGUGCUUUUGGUGGUGGAUUUAAUGGAAAUGUUGGACUUAGCGGUGGGCAUGGUGGAUUCAGUGUUAGUUCUGGUGGUGGAAAUUUCAUUGGAUCCAGUAGCCUUUAUGCUAACUCUGUUGCCGCUUCAUAUUUACCACCAAACAAAGUUUUAGGGGGAACAAUAAUUAAACUAUGUUAUAGAGAUAAAGAUAUGAAAGCUAUAAGAACUCAAAAAAUCAAAAAUUCAUUUCGUUUGGUUGUACAGAUUAAUAUUGAUGCCCAAAAUGCGGCUAUCAAUUUACCUAGCAAUUCGGUUCUUUAA